UGUCACAAAUAUUCGUACUAAGCCCCCAGACUAUUAUAUGACAAGUCACAACACAAUUUGCCGGCAUUCGCUUCUGUUCGCGCGCUGUGUAGUCAUGACCAAGGUUAACAUUCCGAGUUUCAAGCUGAACAAUGGGCUGGAAUUGCCAGCACUGGGUUACGGCACAUGGCUGGGUCUUGAUGAUAAGAUGGAGUUCAAUAUGCAAGAAGCUCCGAAGUUGGUAGAGGCGUUGUCGUACUCCAUAGACAUCGGAUACCGACACAUCGACACAGCCGACCUCUACCGUGUUGAAAAGGAAAUCGGACAAGUUGUCAAACUGAAGAUUAAAGAGGGCGUUGUCAAGAGGGAGGACUUGUUUAUUACCACUAAGGUGUGGCAACACAACCAUCGCAUAGCUGACGUGGAGAAGUCGGUGCGAGAGUCGCUAAAGCGCCUCGACAUGGAUUAUGUCGACCUCGUUCUGAUGCACUGGCCAAUGUCCAUAUCUGUAGAUGGCGUGGACGAGAAGAUCGACUACCUGGAAACUUACCGCGGACUGGAGGCGGUGCUGCAGAAGGGACUGACACGAACCAUCGGAGUUUCCAACUUCAAUCUGCAACAGAUGCAGCGACUGCUCGCAAACUGCAAAGUCCCGCCCGCCACAAACCAAAUUGAGAUUAAUCUAAACCUAGGUCAGAAGGAGCUGGUGGAGUAUUGCCAAUCAAAAGGUUUGGUUGUCGUCGCGUUUACAUCAUUCGGCACGAUGGUACCCGGCCGCACGGUGCCCGGCAGCCCCGAGCCUAAGAUUAACAAUCCUACGAUGGUUGCCAUUGCUAAAAAACACGGCAAAGCAGUCACACAAGUCGCCUUGAGAUAUCUGUACCAACGCGGUAUUGCUACUAUCCCAAAAUCUCUUACCAAGAGUCGUAUCUUAGAAAAUGCAUCCAUUUUCGAUUUCGAAUUGGACGAGAAAGACAUCGCUGAAAUAGCAAAGUUCGAUAAUGGAUAUCGAACUGACGUCCCCUCGUUCUGGCAGGAAUACGACAACUAUCCAUUCGAGAAGGUACCAGAUCCAGAAAAAGAAAUACCUUUGGCACUCCUCAAGUGGUAAAAUGGCGGGAAUUUUGACGUCAAUUGAAUUCUUUUUUUUAUUUGUUACUAAAAAAAUAGUUUUUAUAUUCAAAUUAUGUUU